AUGGAAUCCCCGACACCACCUAGCGAUGGCAGUCCCUCUUCGGACACCUAUGUGAAGCGCAUCCGUACAUGUUUCGCUGACCACAAUGACAAUAGACUGUACCGACCUUCACCAAACGUUGCUGAUACGCGACGAAAAUAUCCCGCCGUUCCUGCUAUAUCCAGAUCAUACCUCCGGCAGGGGCCGGAACUACUUAAUCUAAACUUCCAAGGCGACCCACUCGCCCAUAUCGCGGGCUCUGCAUCAUCGAUCUUCAAGCAGUUUCUUGAGUCCAACGACACCAUUUCAGAUACUGACACGAAGUUUCUGGAAGGCUACAUAGCCGGCAAGCAGAACUUCGUUGAAGAACUUGACACUCAUCUUGCAGAACUUUCUGCUGCUCAGAAAGCCCUCACCACCUUCCGGUCGACCAUCACGUCAGAUAUUGCACAGCGCAAGAAAGCCCUGCACCCCAUCAGACGAUUCCCUCCAGAAGUUCUGUCUGAGAUAUUCCUCCAAUGCAUCGACGAAAACGGCAUGGGAAGCGAAGUUGACAGAUUCUUGCACAAAACGUCAUUCCGCCCGAAGAGUUCCCUGGAUCCUUCACAGUGUCCUUGGACCUUAUCACAGGUCUGCAGGAGGUGGCGUGCCGUUUCGUUAGCUUUCUGCAGUCUUUGGUCCAACAUCUACCUCUACAUCCGAGAUAAGAAGCCUCGCAAAUGUAUAGACAUGUUGAUACUUCAGCUCCAUCGUUCAGGAACACACCCCCUAAAAGUCGCAUUUACGGCACCCCAUUCCAUGAAGGACUUUCCUCCCAUCAUUGACGUUCUCAUCUCGUCAUGCCGGCGAUGGAAGACGCUCUUUCUGUCUGAGAACUGCAUGUCUCAAAUCGCCCAGAUCGAAGGUUCUCUUCCCAUUCUCAGUGCAUUAUACAUCGUUCCAGUUUCAUCUUCAUCUAUAACCAUAGACCCCUUCGCAUUCCGUGACAUGCCAUCCCUCCACACGAUUGGAGGCGAUAUCAGCAUAUUGCAGUGCUGUAACCUUCCCUGGACGCAAAUCAAGAGUGUCAUAUACCCAUGUCAUUGGGGAAUACACGUUUUCAUGAACGACACCAUUCCCCCGGGUACAGAUGCCAUCACAGCUCCCUAUCUCGUAUCCUUGACUAUCACCACAAGCACUGAGUUCCCGCCCAUUCUAGACCAUCUCGUUCUACCCAGUCUUCAGAUUCUUUCCGCUAAUCACGAUAAGGGUGUUGUCCCUCUAGUCAAACGAUCGAAAUGCCCCCUCCAGCAGUUGGAAAUAGGAUUGACUGAAUCAACGUUCCACUGUCAGAUGCUCCUAGCUGUGAUGCCGGCCUCCUUAUUGACCUUUACCUCUACGAUAAGGGGCACCAGAGCUUACUAUGCAGAUGACUUUGAGAAGCUCAAGUCAGCGACGUCACAUAUGCAUGAUCUGAAGUCGGUCGACCUGACAUAUAAGCCGAAUACGUUCUAUGAGGGGCAGAGGAUGACUGUCUUGGAGACAGAAUAUCCGGUCCUUACAGCAAGGGAUUACGGGAAUCUUUUCUCAAUUUGGGAUUCGGACUCGGACUCGAACUAG